GGGAACCGGUUGUCCGUUUACCAAAGUAACGCUGACUACUUAUUAGCGACUUAUUACUAAAGCAACGUCGUCACCUGCCGGUACGGUGUUUCCGCGACUGCCAAAACAACAAGACACCACUGCUACUUAAAACCGGAAUCAAGAUUUAACGGCUGCGUAGUUUACUGGGUUUCUGAUACAAUUUAGCUGCGAUUCACAAUGAGCCGACGGUGGCGACGAAGUGAUGAUGAUUAUGAUUAUGAUUACGAUGAUGAAGAUGAUCAUGGUGAUGAUCUGGACGAUAUUGUGCUGUGGUCUUUGAUGAUUAUCACACUUAUAAUUGUGUGCCGGGGCUUGGUUGCUGUGAUAAAAUGGUUGUUUACUCGUCGUGAGCGACCCGUGAGACUCUUCUGGGAUAUGGAAAACGCACGAUGCACGAUUCCCAAACGUGCCAGUUUUGAACAAUGUGCGAAUCACCUGCGUGGCAUCGCUUCACAACACGGAGUCGAUUUACGGGAAAAAUAUAGUAUCAAAAUUAUUUGUGGUGGAUUCGAUGGUAACAACCGCUGCUCACAAAACAAGUGCAUUCACGCUGCUAAAGUCUGCAGUUCAGAAAUCCUGGAAACCUGGAGUGCUGGGAGCACUGUUCCUACAAGAGUUGAAGGUGUUAUGAUUCAGUAUUGCUGGGAAGGAAAUAUGUGGUAUCAAAAAAAUAAGGCGGAUAAGGCAAUCCUGCAGCAACUGCACGAUUUGUUCACCCAAGACGUAAACCAGAAGAUGAAAGUCAUCAUAGUAUCAGUUGAUUACCGGUUGCGUCAGCAAGCUCGCGAAGCUGUAGUACUUUCCUCCAAGCAGAGCGUUGUUUUGCAUCCAGAGCUGUUUUCGCAGGACGGAGUUUGGCCUGAUGAAUAUUAUGAGAAGCCUUCGGAAAAGUGCAUAAUAAACUGAAUACUACAGUCAACAAAGACAGCGAAUUAUUGCCUUAGCAAAAUUGUUUGCAGCGGAUCAACAUUCACGCUCUUUCCAUACAAGUGUGAGCUGCCGCGCUUAUACCACACUUACUACAGCUUACGUUUGCCUGACAGCAUUUUUAUCCAUAAAAUUUAACAAACCAUGUAGGCGUGGGCCCUCCCGCCUUUGCUUGUUUAUGUUCUCAGUGUAACAUGCUUCAAGUUCACAAAUACGUUGAAUUAUUUAAAUCAAAGAUAGCAACUAAAGUCAAAUAUCCGGUAGCAAUUAACAAAUUAAUAAGAGCUUUCUAUCAACUGCAAUUAAUAAACGAAUAUAACGUGACGUGCGCUGCUCCAUAAUAUUUUGUCACCAAGGUCUGCGUCAAGAAGUUUGGCAUCCCGAAUCGCUGUGUUAUAGUGGAAGCCAAACGUAUCGCAUGCUUCCAACGAAACCGGUAAGAGCUGCAAUAUACCGUUGGGCCCGGUGCUAGGGAUUUUAUUCGUCGUGCCAAUGAAAGAUCAUGGAAGGCAAUCCGACGGAAUAAAAUGGUCAUAGACUGAACUUAUUAAAUUUUUGUAAGCUGUAAGUUUGUGUCCGCUUUACAAUAUAUUGUAAAGCGGACACAACCUCAGAAUUAUUUUUAUCGUCAUGUCUAGAGUUUCUCCCCUUCGCAGGGUGCAAACGUAAUGACUGCCACCAUAAAAAACCAUUAUGUUUUAUGCGGAGAAUAAACUUGACUCUAGCGUAGCCCUGAUCGACGCUCUAAUAAAGGGCAAGCUCUGCCGUAAGUUCUAGCCCGUCUUUGUUAGGGAAUGCUUGGCGUCAAAAGAACGUUCCUGCAUUUAGUAUAGCAUCUCAAAAUCUGAGCCAUUGGUCUUCGGGUUUUCGAUAUCUUCAUGCAGGAUGCAGACAGACUCGUUAAAAUAAAACCGUGCACAAGUUUAUCCGCACUGUCCGGUAAUUUUGCGAAUAGCCUUGCGGAAUGAGAAGCUUGGGUUUCACCAGGACGUUCGGGGCUGAGAAAAUCACCUUGAACCAAAAGCAGGCGCGCUUUGAGGAAUCUAUUUAGCAAGAUCAUGUGUUAUACAGCGUUACCUCGGGGUUGCCCCUGAAUGACAUAGCUAAGUCAAGGCGAACACAGUCCGCAAUAGUUUCGUCGUCCUCCACGACUACAUCGUACGUGCCGGUCGGAUCCUGCUGUCGCGGUUUAUUUCUGCAGAUAUUAUGUAAGAAUUUCAUAUACCGCUCGACCGGCACGAUGCACUGGCUGUUAUUUGCGGUGGCACGACUAAGGAUUAGGCUUCACAAUAUUUCUAUCCGUAGCGGACAGUCAUUUCCUUUCUGGAAGGUGCUGUGCUGUAGUCUCCGAUACCUCGUGAUUAUGGUCUUCCAGAUUCGGCAAGUCAGACUCCAUCAUGCCAUUCACUUUAUAUACCUUAAGGCGGAUAACCGCUUUUCAUUCGCUUUUUUUGAGUGGUGCAUGGUGAUGCUCGUCUUCGCCGGUAAUGAAUUUCGUCGAUAGGUACGAUAAGCUCCAGCUUUGUUGUGUAUCAGCCUGAUGAACUCUAUGGAAAUCAGUUGGGCAAGGGACGCGAUUUAGAUGUUUUUGCAUUGCCGCCGGGAUUAACAAAUAUCUGAUGGGUUGGCUCAGUCCAUUUUCUAAUAGCCCGAAGUUGGACAGCGUAAGACUCAUUUUGUUGUCUACUUUAAUUCCGAAUACCAUAUUGUGGCUCUAAUUACUACGGUACUGUUUACUAGAACAGAUAAGCAAAAACACCGGUCAGGACAAUUACAACCGCUGGUGCCGGCACAAUAAUAUAUUUUUAAAUUUUUAUAGAUGACUUUCCUAUUAUUUUAGUUCAAGACAUGUUAGAAAAUAAUUAUGCAGCAAUAUUACCUCAUUGAUUUUGAUAGCGCUGAAAAACUCUCGCGCCUAGUCUGAACUCAUAGCGCAAGGUACUCUCGCGCAUAACACACAUAGCGCGAAAUGCUGUCGUGUGUCCACUUCGUAUGUAGAUCGAGCCUUCGCCGCAACUUACUCUAAUCAAAGAUUCUUCCUUCCAAGACCAACCAAUUUUUGUACUCUACAAGUUGAUGUUACUUCCGGAGUUCUGGUCCCACAAGCCGUAUCACCGUAUUCUGUUUCCCCUGCAUUUAAUUAUGCAUGAUUCUGUUGCUUAAGUUCCGGGAUAUUACUGUAUUACGAUCCAUGUGACUAUAGUUUAAAAGUUAAUAUAAAAAAAUUGUUUAACACAUAAUACGCUGUACGAGGAUGCAUUGAUGGCGCCCUGCAGCCAAAAAUAUUACCAAUCAUAGUUUAAUCAUAGUGCAAAGUAAGUACUGUACAAUCGCAACUCGCAAGUAACUUUCCAGAUUGCUACAAACUUUACUGCAGUGCGUAAACUCAGCCGUAAAGCCGUAAACAAAUCUUGCUUAUCUUUUCUUUUUCCUGCUAUGCCAGCCGCCAGGCUUGUAGAGCACUCAAAAAAGUCCGUACUGCCGGCUAAAAAUACUUUGUACCUACGUAUCUAAAUUUUUCUGAUGUGACUAAACAGUCGAUAGUUACUCCCAACCGGUUCGUGCUCAUAACAGUCAAGUACCGCAUCAAGCACUGCUGUUGUUCUGAUUUCCUGCAUGCUAACACUCUGCACUUCUGAAGUAUUCCCGCUUGCCGUCGGUGUUGUACCAUGCGAACUGGAUAGUUGCGUAACUUGCAACUGCACCAACAUUGCAGUACUUGUAUAUUUGUUGUACUAUAAACGUUCAACAACGCUGAUGAUGCGCAUAUGAUUCAAAACUGCAACUUGCAAGUUAACAUAGAUAGUAACAGAUACAAUGCAAUCCCACGCCAUCAUGGCGAACCACGAAUUCAACGCCAACUGCACGCGAUGUCAGCACAAUAAAAUGCCGUGCUACAUGCACCUGCUAAAGGAUAUCAGCGAUCCACAGGAGCGAAUUGCGCUCCUGUAUGCCGCGACCACCGCGGGUAAUGUGUCGGCCUACAUGGAGAUUACGCGACCGGAAUACUGGGAGAGUCCGUUUAAUUCCCCCGUCUAUCAACGGAUAAUCCAACGGAAACGCUCUAUAUUCAAAAACGGCCGACGAGAAGGCUGGGAGAAUCCUCUGCCAUUACCCGCCACGUCUGAUCACUUAGAUCACACGACCGGUAUCCCUGUGCUGACGGACUCCGUAUUCGGAAUCAAUCCAUCGGAAUUUGCAGCCAGUAUGUUCCGGCAUGCGGUCCAGCAGAAAGAAGAAAUGAAGGAAGAGAUUGAAAAUCUGCAGAUCAAAAAUCAGCCGGCUACGUCUAAGGGUGAUGAGUACGACGUAGUUAAUUUGAAGGAAGAUGCGGAGAUGGACAACGGUGCGCCCACGGGUGAACAAGAGACGGAGCUAAACUUACUGAAAAGAACAGUGGCCGAACUUGGUGUCGAAAAAGAAAGAAUCAAGGAAGGUUUGAGUGGACAAUUACAAAUUAGGAUGGCGGAACUGAACAUGUACAAGGAACGGGAGUACACUAUGGACCUUAAAAGAAAUCUCCAGCGAGCCGAGAGUGAGCACCGUGCGGCAGUUGAAAAGCUUGAGGUGAAAUGCCGGCAGUAAUGUUAUUGCAUUUUGAAUUGCAACU